UUGUGUUUAUGCUCUUCCUCUUCUCUUCCAUCUGAGUCAACAUCAUCCUUUCCAUCUCCAUAAAGUUGCUCCUUUUAAUUAUUAUUUUCAUUAAAGGUUUUACAGUUCAUUUUCUGAAACUUAAAAAGAGUUUUGGUCACAUGGUUCUGAUCAGAAACAUAACUCCUACUCCACCAGGCCAUUAAAUUCCCUCUUUAGUCAUCUUUUCAAAUUCAAGAAAGCUUCAUUUUGUAUUUCAAGAUUCAUUCAUCAUUUUACAUAGAAAUACAAAAAAAACAAGAAUGGAGAGUGGUGGGUUUUAUUCAGAUUGGAAGGAUACUUCAUCUUCCUUGUUUGGAUCAGAGAACAUGGAUGAAGACAGAGUUCUCAGAGCUGAAGAGCUGUUCUCAUCUAUCCCUCAGCCUCAGACACCAAAAGAGCCAAUGGAGUUUCUGUCUAGAUCCUGGAGUCUCUCUACUUCUGAAAUAGCCAAAGCACUUGCACUCAAACAUAGACAACAACAAGAGCAAGACCAACAGUUCUGUGUUGCUCAAAACACUCCUCCUGUCUUGUUCCCUGAUGCUGCUGCAGAUCCACUCGUGGCUGGGAAGAUCAUGAACUCGUUUGGCACACGCAAGGGAGGGACAUUGUCAAAAUGGUUUCACCACCAUAAGGAACAUAGCAGCAGUAGCUGUAGCAGCAACACCAUCAACUAUCUCAAGAAGAAAGACAAGGCGCGCGUUGAGAAUGCACACGUGCAUUCCGCUGUCUCUAUAGCUGCUCUGGCUGCAGGUGUAGCCUCUGUGACAUCUGCAAGCAACAGCAAAGGCUCAAGCUCCAAGAUGGCUCUGGCUUUGGCCUCAGCCACCGAGCUUUUAGCCUCACACUGCGUUGAGAUGGCUGAGCGAGCAGGUGCUGACCGCGCGCGUGUUGCUUCCACGGUUAGGUCAUCUGUGGAUAUCCACAGUCCUGGUGAUCUCAUGACUCUUACAGCCGCUGCUGCAACAGCUUUGAGAGGAGAAGCGGCGCUGAAGGCGAGACAGCCAAAGGAAGCAAGGAAAAAUGCAUCUAUUGCACCUUUCGAGAGAAGCUUCUCUGACUCUCAUUGGCCUUCAAAUAUUCAGUUUAGAUUGGAAGAACCAAAUCUUCCAUUAGAAGGCGAACUGAUGCAAUGCUCGCGACAUGGAGUGCAACGAAGUAAGCGUGUCUGUGUCUAUGUCAACAAGAAGUCUCAGGUAAUGAUCAAACUUAAAAGCAAACAUGUAGGAGGAGCAUUCUCAAAGAAGAUCAAAAGCGUUGUAUAUGGAGUCUGCGAUGAGAAAUCAGCUUGGCCAUACAGGAAAGAGAGGGAAAACAACUCAGAAGAGGUUUACUUUGGUCUGAAAACAGGACAAGGGCUUUUGGAGUUCAAGUGCAAGAACAAGAUUCACAAGCAGAGAUGGGUUGAUGGGGUACAGUGUCUUCUACGCCAAGUAAACUGCUUUGAGGCUGCCAAGUGCUCGCUGGGAUCUCUGAGUCUCACUAGUAAAACGUGAUGCACGAUCUGAUUAUAUACAUAUAAUGUAUGUCCACAUUUUUGCUGUUGUGAUGUAUUUGCAAAAGAAACUGGCAAAUGUACUAUCUCAGUCUUUGUAACCACCUCAGAAGAUUUUUUGGAUAAAGCACCAAAGGAACCAGCGGUAAAUCUAGGGACUUUUCAUGUAAUUAAGA